AUGGCCGGAUUCCGCCCGAGCAAUAUCCUCGGUGAUCCGUUCGCUCUCGCGACCAUCUCCAUCUCCAUCCUGGCAUGGCUCAUCGCCUUCGUCUCGUCCAUCAUCGGUGAUCUCAACGUCCCCAAUUACCCUAACUACUCAUGGUGGGCAAACUCGUACAUGUUCUGCCUGAUCAUCGGGUUGACCAUCGUGUUUGGAACGGAUACGGCUCAUAUCUACGGCGUUGCUAUUGUCGGUUAUCUAUCGUGCGGCCUCGUCCUGACCUCGGUGAGCGCCAACAAUUUGGUCUAUGGCAGCGCGGGGUCGUGGCAAGCCGCUGGAGCUGGGUUCAUUCUCCUCUCCAUGGUGAUCAUCGUGUGGAUCUUCUACUUCGGCUCAACCCCCCAGGCUUCGCACCGUGGCUUCAUCGACUCCUUCGCCCUGAACAAGGAACAUCCGGGCUCCUAUCGCGACAGCCGCCCAAUGUCCGUUCCGUUCACUGGCCGCCCAGAGACCAUGGCCACCAACAACACUCCCCAGAUGUAUACAUCCGCCCAGCUGAGCGGCUUCGAGACUUCGUCGCCCAUGUCUGGUUACCCCGGCGGCCCGCCCGGCGCCGAGCAACGCGAUUCGACUCUAACUCGCUUCGGCGCAACCAGCGCCAGCCCAGGGCCCAACGCGACCGCCCCAGAUGUCGGCAGCGAAGUACCCCAGCCCACCGACUACCCUUACCGCGCCAAGGCCAUCUACUCGUACGAUGCCAACCCGGAGGACGCCAACGAGAUCAGCUUCGGCAAGCACGAGAUUCUCGAAGUAUCCGACGUGAGCGGCCGAUGGUGGCAGGCCAGGAAAUCCAACGGAGACACCGGCAUCGCACCCUCGAACUACCUGAUCCUCCUGUGA